UAGUGUGCAAGCAACGACAAAAGCUCCCUGUUCGGCUUCCCGCUUCCUCACUGCCUGCCUGCCUGCCUCCCGCACCGAACCACGACCGCCAUGGCGAGCGCCGAGGCCAGGGCCGCGGCGCUGCUCUUCUCCUGCUCCGCGGUAGCGUUCCUCCUCCUCGCCCGCGAGGCCGUCCUCCAGCCCCACCGGCGCCGCGGCGGCGACCUCGCGGACCUCCUGCUCGCCGCGCUCGACAGCCUCCUUCCCGAAGGCCGCGGCCUCCUGGACCUCGCCACGCGGAGGAACAUGGUCCUGCUCUGCCACGCCAUCCUCGUCGUCAUCCUCAUGGACGCCGGCGUCCUCGGCGCCCCCGCUCGCCGCCGCGGCGCGGCGUCCGCUGCUGGCGCGGGCGUGGAACAAGGCGCCUGCGCCGCUCCUGCUCAUCUAGCCCACGCGCCGGGGAGGAGCGCCGUCGUGUGGCGGCGGCAGCGGAGCAGCGCCAGGACCAAGAGCGCGGGCGCCGACGAGAGCGGCCGCCGCCUCGGCAAGCGUCAGCCACGGCGAAGCCCCCGGCCGGCCGCCGCGGCAGCGUUGACCGUAGAACCGGAACAGGCAGAACGACAGCCUAUGGUAGGCAGAGAGAUCGUCCCUGUCGAGAAGGCCCCGAGGAUCUGCCUCCUCGAUGACGACCGUGAUCGCGCGGCUGUCGUUGAGCUUGAGCAGCUGGCUCCUGCGAGCGCGACGGAUGCCAGGACCGACUCCGAUCGUGCCAUCAUCGUUGCCGGCGACGAGAGAAACGGAAUUGCCGAAGCGGAGGAGAUGGAGGGAGUGGAGCUCGCCGACGACAGGAGGUUCGACGAGUUCAUUGAGAAGCAGUGGAGCAAGAUCCGGCAGGAGAGCCUGCAGCUGGUCAGGGCAGCGCCCCAACAGCAAGCGAUCACAACAUGGUAGCAUCAUAACGAUCGAUGUUACAGGGCCUGACAGGCUUGGUGCGUCCUAGGUAGUAGCUUCGAGCUCAUGAUGUGGGUGCUGUUGCUCUGUUUUCCCGGCCGAAAUCUUCUCCGUCAGCCGUGUGCGUCGGCAAAAUCCACUUUUUUCUACUCUUUUUUCUUGGAGCUGAUCGAUCGAUUCACCGUCACAUCGCAAGGCUUUCCAUCA